CGAGGAUAAGUCUUAUAGUGUGUGUGGCACGUGGCUCAUAAUUUAUUCUUGAGCUAUCAGAAGUGGAAAUGGGGUGAAAAUUUUAUGAGAUAAUAUUCAGUGAAUGAGAUUUGUGAUUUGUUUGGUGAUUAAGUGUCAAGAAAUUUUUUCAUGGAUUACCCACCCUUCAAUUAAAAUGGAUUUUCUGGAAUACCGAAAUGUGGAAUUUGGAAACGCAAAAGAAGUCUCUGACAGACAAACAGAUUUUUUUCGCAAGAAAAAAAACUACUCUGUUUCCCAAAUCUGCCACAAUCAGAGCUCAGAUCAUGGAUCAAACUAAAGACAGCAUUUUGAGAUCCUUGCUAGAAAAUCAGAGAGUAGCAGUCUUCCCCACAUGGAAUUCUUAUGUGACUUCGUGUUUUCUUCAAUUGAGAAACAGUGCUAAUCAAUUAUCACAAGAAGCAUCUGAAGGUGCUGAAACUGAAAAACACGAUGCAGAUCAGGAAGAUAAUCAGGAUCAAGCAAGGGAUACCGACGACAUGCUGACGAUGGAGGCUGACAUGAAGGGGGGAAUUUUGCACGCCACAAUGCCCCCGCAUCACCCAUCAUCGUUGCACUCGCACAGUGGAUCACCGUAUGGUUCCCUGGGGCCGUUGAGCAUGAUGAACUUGGGGCAAUCGCAGCUGGCUCAGUCCCAGAUCACCCAUCAACCCCAUAUGGCGCACAUGGCGUCACAACACAACAAUAGUGCAGCCUCAGGGCUGAUGGGGAGUCAUCAGCAGCAUCAGGCCACUCACAAUGCUCACUCCUCGCCCCUCCAUGGUCAGCAACAGACAUCGGGUCUCAGCCCGAAUGCUACACAUCCUAGCCAACAGCAACAGCCCCCACAAACAAAUACGACGUCUGUUAUGGGUGGUGGGCAUCACAUUUCUGCCACUGGGCAGACCACAGGGCAUCCCCAUGGGGGUUUGUCGAGCAGUAACAACAACAACAAUACAUCAAGUAAGAAUCAGAAUGUUGAUCGCGUGAAACGCCCCAUGAAUGCAUUUAUGGUGUGGUCACGCGGCCAAAGACGUAAGAUGGCAUCAGAUAAUCCCAAGAUGCACAAUUCGGAGAUAUCAAAGAGAUUGGGGGCACAGUGGAAGGAUCUAUCGGAGUCAGAGAAGAGGCCAUUUAUCGAUGAGGCCAAACGGUUGAGGGCUGUGCACAUGAAGGAACAUCCUGAUUACAAAUACCGACCACGGAGGAAAACAAAAACUCUGACAAAGAACAAAGAGAAGUAUCCACUUGGAGUGGGAUCUCUGUUGCAAACUAGUGAUCCUAGCGCCAUUCGCAAUACGUCAACAAUAUCGGCAGUGCAGCAGGCUGCCGUCGCGAAUCGGGAUAUGUACCAAAUGCCACCGAAUGGGUACAUGCCCAAUGGGUACAUGAUGCACGAUCCGACGGCCUAUCAGUCUGCCCAGCACAAUGCCUAUAUGAGCAAUUACCACCGAUAUGACAUGGCUCAGAUGCACAAUGCCAGUAACAUCAAUUAUAUGGGAACGGGAGCUUAUGGAAUGUAUGGGACUGUAUCUGGAGGGCAGACUAGUCCGUAUCAGUCAGGCGGAGGCGGUAGUGGGAAUUCUGUGCAACAACCAGGAAGUCCCUACAGUGGCCUCUCACAACAGCAACCAGGUUCUCCUUAUGGUGGAAUGACCCAGCCCGGCUCCCAAAUGUCAUGCCAAAGUCAUAGUCCCAGCGAUACCAGUAUCAAAUCCGAACCUGUAUCACCAGGGCCAUUGCAUUCGGCUGCCCAGACAGCGGGGAAUAACAAUCUAAUGAAGCGCUCAAGUGACUAUCAACCAGAGAUUACGAAUCUCAUGACAAUGUAUGGGAUUUCGCAGGAUCCCAUGACCACAGCCGCUGUCGAACAUCAGCGGAGUCUAAUGUAUCAGCACAAUAGUGUCUCACCGGAUUUGCAGGCACAGCAACAGCAUCAGCAGCAAUCCCUGAGGACUAUGGCUCCGCUGGCGCAUAUGUGAGACCAGGCUACAAGUCUCCUCUAUCGCCAUCACCAUCAUCACCACCAAGAUAACUCACUGAUGGACAUCUCAUCCUUAUAAUCACAUGCAUCCAUGGUGCAGGAGGCAGGCACUGCUGCUACUUCUAGGGUGUCUUGUCAAUAUUUCAAACAUAUUUCCUUGUUGUCCAGACAAGAGGAAAUACCCUUAUCGUUAGAGUUGACUAACAAAAGGAGACUCCAGGAAAUCCCGUCGGGAAGUUUUGUCUGUGACACUCGAAAUAUUCCUGCAAACAAAGGGAUUCUCGAGUCUUCAAGUGAUUCAAUCAAAUCGUGUAUUUAAAAGCAUUGAUCGAUAUGAACUUUUGAAGUAAACUACCCUUUAAAAUUAUCUUUUCCAUCUCAAGAUGCUUUGUGGGCAUCUCAAUUGAAUUAUUUAAAUAUGCUAAAGACAAUGAAUUAUCUGAAUUAAUUUUCGUCAAUAUUGAAUGGUAAAAAAAAUCUUAUUAAUUGUAAUUGAAAUAAUGAAACAAAUACCGUGGACAGUUUUAUUGCAAUGAGUGAUGGCAUUUUUGGGAAAAUGGGGAAAAACAGUGUCUGUGUGUCAGCAAAUGGAGCUUCUCUUUUCAGAAGGUGAAUAAAUUUUGUUAAUUUACUCAUUUUUCAGCAUCAUGAUAUAGCUUUAAAUUAUUUCCAUUCAAACAAGAGAUAAAAACUUUUUCAUCUGUGAUUUUUGUUCCCAAAAUUCUCAAAAAACAUUAUCAAAUUUAUAUUUAGAGAAAAAAAGAAUAUUUUUUCACUGUUUUCGCGAAACAUUUCAUGUCAAUGUGUCUCGUGUUCUUUUUUCGGAAAUGCCAUUUUUCAUUUUCUCUCUAUUUAAAAUAAACUUGUAAAUAAGAGUUACUGCUACACAUGAAAAAUAGGUAGAACAUAAACUCUCCAAUAUAUAAUAAAAAAAUCGUGUAGAUAUAUAAUUAAAUAUAGCUCAUGUAUAAUAGAAUUAUUGCAAAAAAAGGCAAACAUUUCCCAGUGAAUACUUUUUUGAAUAUCAAUUAUCACACAUAAAAACGUCCCUUAAUUGGAUUCCAAGACUAAUUAUAUUAUUAUUUAAAUUUAUUGAAAAUAUUAAUUUGAGUAAAAUUUAUAUAUUAUACGCGAUAUAAUAUAACAAAAGCACCCAUAUGUUUUUAUAAAACAUAUAUUGAAUAACAUUUCGAAUUUCAACAUGGAUACACCAAAAAGUUAUAUAGCUUAAUUAAUAAUUCAAAGGAUAUUUCCACUUUUAAUUAUGUUGUAAAUAAUAUAAUGAAAAGAAAAUAUAGCUGAUAUACUGUUGGGAAUAUAAUUAAUUGAAAAAAAAACUAUAACAAUUUUUUUACGCGAUGAAUCUUUGUCAAAUUACUUAAUUUUAAUUUUUGAUUUUCUGUUUAUAUUUUUUCUAUGAUGGAAAAGAAAACACACAAAAUUUUUUUCUUGACAGUAAAAAGACAAAGAUAUUCUGUAAAUAUUAAUUUUAGAAGGUAUAUAUAAAUCACUGAUUACAAUUGAUUAUUUGAGAAAAAAAAACAGAGAGAAUUAGUGAAACGUAAUAAUUAUUGUAAGUAACUAAUCAAGAGAAUUUUAUGUAGGUAUAUUUGUGAAGAAUUCUAUAAAAAAAAAGAGAGAUAAAAAGUAAAAUGAAUUAAAGUAAAUGAGAAAGAAAAAGAAUAAACAAUAAAAAUCACUGGAUAACAGAUAAA